AUGAACACGGCCGGCACGAUUCCCUACGAGCUCAACCCGAAGGCACUAAGCAAGUGGGAGAGCGAGGUGGCGCGCCAGGAGCGGAGGUGGCACCGGUCGCCCCCGAAGCAGUCCGGCGACGUCGAGGAGGUCCGCAUGAAGAGCGAGCAGGCCGCCGCCCUGCUCCGCUACGCCUCGGAGGCCUCCCGCAACCGACCUUCGCGCAAGUCGUGA